UAGUGGAUCUGAAACGUGCCACCUUCCAGUUCUCAAAGCUCUCAAAAUCCUAAAUUUAGCUCAUUUCUUCUGGUUCAAUAAGAAACCCUCAAAAUCAAAGUGAGCGUUGAUGCUGUCACUAUGUUGUCUCGUCUCCAGUCCCGCUAGGCGCCACGGAAAUUGGCGCUGGCGGGGCAAGUGGCAAGCUCUGUGUUUGGAACCCCCACCAGGACAGAUGGACGACUGCAAGGCUGAUGUGGACAGUGUGAGUCCAUCCACACAAUACACACUGACUGUCACUGCAGCGUCUUCAACCAACAUCAGUCCGGGAGUCAGUCGCAUGCUCAACGCCAAUGAGAGCGUUCCUGGUCCACCUUCAGGUCUAGAAGGAGAGGCUGUAGGCUCCAACGGGAUUCUUCUCUCCUGGACCAUCCCGACUGAUACCACCAAUAUUGACGGCUAUACCAUCAGGUACAAGGAAGUGUGUCCUUACCCGGGUCCCGUCUUCACAGAAGUGACCAAGUACCUGCAGGUCCCAGAGACUCUGCUCACUGACUUCACCUCAGGUUCAACGUACUAUAUUCAGGUGGCAGCCUCUUCUCCUGCUGGCAUGGGACCAUUCAGUAAAGCUGUUUACAUAAAGACCGCUGAGUCCCCUCCAGGCCUGGUGACCAACCUGACCGCCUUUGCCCAGAAUCACACCUCGGUGCUGGUCACGUGGUUCCUGCCGCACCGCAUCAACGGCCUGAUCAUAACGUUUGCCAUCAAGGCCAAGCACGCUGGAACGGGCCAGACAGUGCGCAACCUGGAGGUCAACGCCGAGGACAUCAUGACGGGAGCGCUGCCUCACUGCAAUGAUGCAGCAGAUAUUCUGUCUCGUGCGACCGUCAGCCCCUUGGAAAUGACGGCAUCGUCCGCACCCUACACUCUCACCGCGGUGCCCCCCUCAGCCGCCUGGAGCGUGCCCAUCUCGGUGGAGGUAGAUCAGCUUCGACCUUACACCGCUUAUCUCUUCAAAGUGUCUGCCUUUACAUCUGACGGGGAGGGACAGAUCGCCUCCACUAUGGUCCGCCUGCCAGAGUCAGGCCCAGAAGAUCCUCCACAAAACUUCACUGUAUUGAACGUGACGUCUCGAUCGAUAUCCCUCGCCUGGAAACCUCCCACCAUCAUCACUGGGAAAUUCACCUACGUGGUCUUCCUGUAUGGGGCUACAGGAUAUUUGUACGAGAACAGCACAGCAGACAUGCGAUUCACCUUCACCGGCUUGGGUACGUACACCAAGUACACGGUGGCGGUGGGAGCCAAAGCGGCCGGAGAAGUGGGUCCGGUGGCUAAGGAUGAUGUGAGGACAUCGGCUGAAGCGCCCAGUGCUGUUCAGGACCUGAUGGCAGUCGCAGAGGACGCCGUUUCAGUCCGUGUGAACUGGAGAAGUCCAGCUCAGCCAAACGGUCCAAUCACUCAGUACAGACUGCGGGUCCUACUGAACGACACUCUGUUACAGGACAUCACCCUCGUAGGCGAGCUGAAUACUAGCACAACUGGGGCUUAUGAAGGGGAGUUUCUCCGUCUCGAUCAGGACGUUGGUGCAUGGCGGCGUAAGAGGAAUGCUGAGCUCAGUCGGACCUCCACUGCAGCUCAUUUUGACUCCACACAGUCGAUCAGCAUCACCUCCUUCAGCCUGGCCUUCACUCUCCUCGGAAGUGCUGAGCAAAGCAGCGCAGACGCUCAAGCCAAGCAGGGUUUUAACCCCUCUGUCACCCCUCCGGUCACGGAGGCACCCAGCAACACUUACCAUUCUCAGCCUCCCACCACAGUUUUUUCUGCUUCAUCUGUGCCGCCUGCUACGCUUCCACCCCGGUUGUCGACGCCAGAUGACGACGUGACUGCCGAGUCAUCCGACCUCACUCAAACCCCGGGCCACCUGCGCUUGUCCACUCGCCAUGCGUCCAUUACAGGACAUGCGGGGGCUUCUGGAAGUCCAGGCGUAACAGUGCGAGAAGUGGUCAUGGACCUGUCGACAGACGAGCUGUAUUACCUGGUUUCCAACCUUGAACCCUUCACCGAGUACACGUUUAGAGUCUCCGCCUCCAACAUAGUGGGCGAAGAGCCCGCCGCCGACAUCACCGAGAGGACACGAGAGCAAGUUCCCAGCUCGGUACUGGAACUUGCCUACCAAAACAUCAGCUCCACCUCCAUAUUAGUAAGCUGGGCGGCGCCACUCACCCCCAAUGGCCGGAUCACGCAUUACACUGUCUACGGCCUCGCGGUGCACAGUGGUCAGCGCCUGAAGUGGGUCACAAACUUUACCAGCAUACUGAUAACAGAUUUGGAUAAGUAUACUGGCUAUAUGCUACACGUGGCAGCAUCUACGGCUGUGGGAGAAAGCUUGCUAUCCCAGGAAGAUGGCAUCUUUGUUCUCACAUUAGAGGACGAGCCUGAUUCCCCCCCGGUGAACCUGACUGUGGUGGACACCAGCUCGUCCACAACCACCCUGACCUGGUCUGCGCCAGAGAAAAACAACGGGGUGAUCCAACAGUACACGGUCCUCUAUGAGAACCAGUCGUCUUCCAAUUCAGUGAACACCUCCAGCAACAGAGUCACUCUAACGCACCUGAGGCCAUUCACCUACUACAACGUCUCUGUGAUGGCUUUCACACGUUUCGGUCACGGCAACCAUACCUCGGACUAUUUAAGCGUGUUGUCUGGGGAGGAUGUGCCGGGCAGUCCUCCGCACAGCCUUGCCUAUGAGUCGCUCAGUCCCAAUGAAGUGAACGUGACCUGGCUGCCACCACUGGUGCCCAAUGGCGUCAUAACCCACUACAGCUUGGAGUUGUGCAAUUCCACCCACUACCUCAACCUCACUUCCCCCACCAACUUUCUGCACUUGACCCACCUGAGAAAGUACACGCGCUACCGUGUCACGCUGCAGGCGCACACGCGGGCCGGGCCGGGGAACUUCAGCUCCGAGCCGCUCAACUUCACCACACUGGAGGACGCUCCAGACACGCCUCCUCAGUUGCUCAAUGCCAGGAAGUUAUCCGACUUUGAGGUGGAAUUGUCCUGGCAACCGCCGCUCGUAGCCAAUUCCGACAUACUGUACUACGUUGUCAGAGUGUGGAACGAGACAACAAGUCUGUUACACAAUGUAACCGAGACGUCAGUGGUUAUAAAUGUGAACUUUGAGAGCCGCUACAAUGUGUCUGUCUCCACCUGGACCAGGCUGGGAUACGGAGGGGUGCGGGCCUACAUAACCUCUGAUGCAGAGCCCUUUGAACCACCCCAGAAUGUCACUUUUGCAAACGUGACUAUGUCCGCUGUAACCAUGCUGUGGUAUCCACCCACCAAACCCAGCGGAAUCGUUAUUGUUCGCUAUACAAUUUACUACACUGACAACAACACUGUGGCCAAGCAGGAAGUUCCUGUUGCAGAUGUGUCCGUCCCUGCAUCGACGGACACACUUCUGUCCUGGACUCUGACUGGUCUUAUCGGGGGAACUAACUACACAGUGUGGAUGACUUCCAGCACUGUACGGGGUGACGGAGGAGUCCAGAGCGAACCACUUAGCUUGCUCCUACCUGAGGAUGUGCCGUCCGACUCCGUCCACAACCUGACCGCUCAGAUCUUCAGCUCCACCGCCAUUAUCGUGAGCUGGGACCCUCCCCUGGAGCCCAACGGCCGCCCCCACUACAUCCUCACCUUGCAGGAGGCCGGCCUCUUCCCACUUGUACCCAACCAAACCCCUCCUGCGGUCAACAAAACAAUCAAGCGCACUACCACCGACACUGUCUUCCUCUUCACCAAACUCAGAAAGUAUUUUCCUUACGUAUUUACCGUUACCCCGGCGACAGGGGCUGGCCCCGCCCAUAACCAUACCAGCACCAUGUACCUGAGGACGGAUGACGACGUCCCCAGUUCUGCACCAUUGCUAGUCUCCGCCGUGAACUUGUCGGCGUUCUCCAUCGCCGUGGCAUGGAAGCGCCCACUGGAGGCCAACGGGGAGAUCACAGAGUACACCCUCACGCUGUUCGGCCCAACGGGCUCAAACACCACACAGACCCUUGACAGCAUCUUCACGCUCACCAACCUGCUGCCGUACACAGCUUACAACCUGAGCGUCACCGCAGCGACGCGUAAAGGCUCUGGGCCCACGCUGGUAUUGAUGCUGCACACUGAUGAGGGCGGCCCCAUGGCCCCUCCCCGCAACCUGACCAUUUUCAACCACACGGCUGUGUCCGUGUGGCUGAGCUGGGAGCCCCCCCUGGAGCCGAACGGGGUGGUCCUGCAGUACGGCUUCCGGAUCCGAGAGCUCAUCACAGACAUUGUCACACACCGGAAUUCGUCCGGUCCAUCAACAAGUGAGUACAUCUCCGGCUUCAGGCCUCAUAGUUCCUACGAGAUCAGCGUUUACAGUUACACCCGAGUAGGCCAUGGCAACCAGUUUAGCAGCCCUGUGACCUUCACCACCAAUGAGUCGGUUUCAGAAGCUGUGGUGAACCUGUCAUGUUCAGGAGUCAGCUGGCAUUCCAUUCAGUUAUCUUGGGAACCUCCGGUCAGCCCGAAUGGGCAGAUCCUCUUUUAUGAGAUUAGAAUGGAGGUGGACUCAUACCAGGUCAACACAGCAGAAUACACAGUAACUGGACUGCCACCAGACCAGGAGUACAUACUUAGUGUGGCCGUGGUCAACUCUGCAGGACCAGGCGAGCAAAUCAACUGCACUGCUUCUACUCUUUCAGAGUCAGCCCCAUCUGCCCCUCGCUUCCUCGCCGUCUCUCAGGUCACUGCCAACAACGUGACACUGGAGUGGAGUUCCCCUCUCUCCGUUCCAGGCCUGCUUAAAGAGUACCGCCUGGUCACGGAGUUGCUCGACACUAAAUGUGAACCCCACAUCCUAAAACCUGAAGAAGAAAAGGUCUCGGAUUGCGUGGAGUCAAGUGUUACCGUGUUCGUCAACGCUUCGGAAGAGGCCCCCAGUAUCACGCUCCAUCCUCUGGCUAAGUACAGACACUACCGCUUCAAAGUGGCGGCGGUGACCAACGCAGGAGUCGGAGACUAUACGGAGUGGAAUUAUGCACGCACCCUGGCUGGCAACCCAGAUGCCCCUCCACAUAAUAUCAGGGUGCUGCCCACCUCCAGCAGCCUUCGUAUAGACUGGGACCCUCCUGACAUUAUUUCCGGACCCACGUCCUAUCUCGUGCAGGUGGAAGGUCCCAGUUUGAAUUACUCCUCCAUCCGAGAGCCAGGGGAGUUGACCAGGGUGGUUGUGACCAACUUGACGGCAUUCUCUCCUUAUUUCGUCACGGUCACCGCCUUCACCGGCCCCUUGGAGCGCGCGGCUGAGGACGGGAAGGCCAUUGGGCCCUUUGUGUUUCGAACUUUGGAGGAAGAGCCUAAAGACCCACCAAAGAACGUGGUGGUGUCCGUGAUCCCGGACGAGGUGAACCGGGUCAAGGUGACCUUCACGCCGCCGGAGGAGCCCAACGUGCAAAUCACAUCCUACUUUGUGUACAUCUACAAGAAAGAACUCCUGGUGAGGAACAUUAGCCUAAACACCACCCAAAAAGACAACCACAUGAGUGCCGUCAUCGAUGGCCUAAAGGGUGGUCACAACUACAGCAUUCAGAUUUCCGCAAAGAACAGCGCAGGUCGGAGUCCACCCAGCCCACUCGUCCAGAUAACAACAGGAAUCAAAGCGGCGGCCAAGCCCACCCAAAAACCCCAGGCAGUGUUUGGCCAAAGAGGGGUUGCCAUGGUUACCCACAAGAGUAUCACCAUUCACAUGCCAGCGUGUUUCUAUAGUGACGACAACGGGCCAAUCGCAAAAAUCCAGGUCAUCGUGGCUGAGUCAGGGGCGAAGGACCUCGCAAACCUAACCACCUGGAGGGAAGCCUUUUUCAAAGACCCCGGCCCUUAUGUGACGGACCAGGGCUUCCCCAACCCUCCGUGUCCGGAGGACACCCGCAGGGUAUCCAGAGACCACCGACGCAAUCACACCCGGGCGGGGACCUAUGUGAUCGGAGAGCAUGACGAGUGUAUGCAGGAGAACCACACGGACACGCUGUGUAACGGACCUUUGAAGGCCAACACUGUUUAUGUGUUUAAGUUCAGAGCAACUAACAGCAUCGGCCAAUACACUGACUCUGAGUACUCCGACCAUAUUAAAACUGGAGUGAACAGACUGUUGAGCCGAGACGAGCAGCUCAUCCUGGGUGUAGUCCUCUCCUUCUUCUUGGCGGUGCUGCUGUUUGUCAUUAUCUGCGCGUCCGUCAAGGUCCACCAGCGCAAGAAGGAGGGUGGAACAUAUUCCCCCCGAGAAGCGGAGAUCAUCGAGACCAAGUGUAAGCUGGAUCAGCUGAUUGCUGUGGCAGACUUGGAGCUGAAGCAAGAAAAAGUCAACCGGUAUUCGUCUUUCUUCUUGAGACGGAAGGAGAUAUACGUCAUCCAACUCCUCAGCUACAGGAAAUCACUCAAGCCCGUCAACAAGAAGUCUUUCCUCCAGCAUGUGGAGGAUCUGUGCAGCAACGACAAUGCCAAAUUCCUGGAGGAGUUUUCCGAGCUCCCCAAACUGCUUCAGGACCUGGCCACCACAGAUGCAGAUCUUCUCUGGAACAAAUCCAAAAACCGUUUCCCCAAUAUAAAACCCUAUAAUAACAAUCGAGUUAAACUGCUGUCAGAACCGGGAACUGCGGGCUCAGAUUACAUCAAUGCCAGCUUUGUGUCGGGCUACCUGUGUCCAAAUGAGUUCAUCGCCACCCAGGGUCCUCUGCCCAACACGGUGGCUGACUUUUGGAAGAUGAUCUGGGAAACGGGCACCCGCACCAUCGCCAUGCUCACGCAGUGCCACGAAAAAGGCAGAAUUCGCUGUCACAAAUACUGGCCAGAGGACAACAAGCCCAUGUCAGUGUUUGGUGACAUCCUAAUUUCAAAAGUAUCUGAAGAAAUCCUUCCUGAUUGGACUGUCAGAACACUUAAAGUGGAGAAGCAUGGACACUACAUUUUGAUCUGCCACUUCAACUACACAUCGUGGCCCGAGCACGGGGUCCCGGAAUGCUGCGGCACCCUCAUCAAGUUUGUCCGGGUGGUCCGAGCGCACCAGCACGACAACACCACCAUAGCGGUCCACUGCAGUGCCGGCGUGGGCCGAACGGGCGUGUUCAUCGCUCUGGACCAUCUCAUUCAGCACAUCAGAGAUCACGACUUUGUGGACGUUUACGGCCUGGUGGCUGAGCUGCGCAGCGAGAGGAUGUGCAUGGUGCAGAAUCUGGCCCAGUACAUCUUCUUGCACCAGAGUACGCUGGAACUGCUGAACAACAAAGGCAACAGUCAAUCAAUCUGGUUUGUCAGCUACUCUGCUCUGGAAAAGAUGGACUCACUGGAUGCAAUUGAAGGUGACGUCGAACUGGAAUGGGAAGAGACCACGAUGUAGACACCUUUGCCAGAAGAUGGGGUUGUUGUUUUUUUAAGAGCAUGAGAAGAAAAAGGAGAAGGAUGAAGAGGAUGAGAAUCAUUCUUUGGAACAUUGCUCCCUUCAAUGACCUUCUUGUUUUCAUGAUGAGGAAAUAAGUGGUAGCACUCAGAGCCUCCUAUCACAUUUUUGCACACAUUGAGUCCACUGUGUAUUGUCAUGACUGUAUCAUAUUAAAAGCUGUUGUGUUUUUGUAAGGUAAUUUAUUCAGCCAUAUUUCUUUUAUUUUCUAUUCUUUUAUUAUGUCUAAAUUCUGCUGCCUGCAUCGAGGAGUUGACGGCAUUCCCAUUUUUGGUUGAGAUCCUUUUCUCAAGAGUGAUUUGCACCAGUAAAAACUGCUUGGAUUUUUAUUGUUGUGUUGUUGUUAUUUCCAGCCUUAAUACUUGAACUAC